AGCGCAAAAAUGGCGGCCAGCAAAGUGCGCCCGCUAUUCGGUCUGAUCCCGAGGAAACUUUCUUUCCUUUACAUCUGUUCGACAAGUUCGAGUCGUCGCCUCUUUCGGCAGCGAUCAGGUAAUUUCGAUAUAUGUGAUAUUAUUUGGAUCAGGAAAGAAACAGAACGUUACGAUACAGGUAUUUGGAUACAAAUGGCGAAUCGCAACAGGACGAUCCGAGGAAAUCGGGAAAGGAAUAUCUGCGGUAUCUUAGCGCGAGCCCGAUCGCGACCGAUCGAAGCUACUUUACGUUAUGCGAUUCGAGGAACAAGUGUCUCGAUCGUCAAGAACAAAACUGGCAGAUGCAGAAACCCUUCUACGUCGAAGAGCCGAGUUGGAUUGAGAUCGAUAAAGAUUAUGGAGAAAGUCAACCGCUUCAUCGUUUGAAAACCACCGAUCCUUACGUUAUAUCGCGAGGUAAGAGGAUCGACGGAGUUGUCGAUCACUUGAAAGAGGAAUUGUUGAGGAAGUCGCAGAAUUUCGAUGUUUUUAUUCGAAAUCGUUUCGUUGAUAAGAAAAAUAAAAGGUUUUCCGAUUUGAAAUUAAAAAAUGAAAAUUACGACAAGGAUAACGACGAUGAUGAAAAUUACGAGGACGGGGAGGAGCAGAAAAGACAAAGGGCAGGGAAGAAUACGUCGCAAGAAAUUCGAAUUCGUCCAAAGAAAUUUCACUCAACCAACGCGGAUCAUUUUGUUGAACAUUUUUUCGACCCUUUUUGCAUUAUCGCAGUUAAUAAAGGUAUGCACAAAACGAAUCGGUGCUUACCCAUUAUCAAACCCGUGCCUGCACUGAUUGAUCUCCUACGAACGAGUGGACAAAACUUUCACUCGAGCGACAAAAUGGACGAUCAUCGAUUCGAGGACGACAGCGCGUUAUUCGAAAGACCGAAAUCGAAGCGAUUCGACUCAAACUUAUAUUCGAACUUUGAUCUUGCCGUGAAAGAAAUAUUGGAGCGAUUAAUAGAAAUUUUAGAAUGCGAUUCGACGCAAUGCAGAGAUCAUUUUGGAAGAGCGAUAAAAAGAACGAAGCUCGGCGAUGGCCGAGGAAUGUUGGAGGAUUUAUUGAACAAGUCUGAUCCAUUUUACGUGGCGAGAGGUAAAAGAGUACCUUCACCUGUUAAUGAAUCAAUGAAUGCAAUCUAUGGGAAUGAUCGAAAUCUUUGAGCGAUUUCUCCUUCUUUCGCUUCCGAUUUAAUCUUCUUGCUCAAUGUUUGUCAAAAUAAAAUUACGCAACGAGUGUUGUUAGACCUGUUGUUAAUUAAUACUUUCCCUCGUGUUCGAACCUGAAGAUCAUUACUCGACUGAUACUCAUCCGAUUGUUCAGUAUUAUUAUUACUCGUAUGAUGUACCUAAUUCUAUAUUACAAAGCACAUGUAACAGCGUGAUCUUAACGCCUACGGAUGACGAGGAACGCGUCGUGUCGUUGCCAAAGGAAAUGCUAAUGCGAAUAUACAAAGUAUGUUAAAUGUUCUGAAGAAACGUAGCAAGCAAAUGAAUCUAUCGACUGGAAUGAAUAG